AUGUCAGGAAAAAAUCCUUAUGGACAUUUUAAAAAACAAUUUAAUCAUGGGGGCAUAACUUAUAAAUACUUUGACCUAUGCUCGUUGGACUCCAAAUAUGAAAAAACACCUUACUGUAUUAGAGUUUUACUGGAAUCGGCUGUUCGCAAUUGUGAUAACUUUCACAUUUUGGAAAAAGACGUGCAAAAUAUUUUGGAAUGGUCACCCAAUUUAAAACAAGGUCAAAAUGAUAUAGAAGUCUCGUUUAAACCAGCAAGAGUAAUCUUACAAGAUUUUACUGGUGUUCCAGCUGUUGUUGAUUUUGCUGCUAUGAGAGAUGCUGUUCGCGAACUUGGUGGUGAUCCUCAGAAAAUAAAUCCAAUUUGUCCGGCUGAUCUAGUUAUCGAUCAUUCGAUUCAAGUUGAUUUUUCUAGAUCAGAUGAUGCUUUAGUUAAAAACCAAAAUCUGGAAUUUGAAAGGAAUAAAGAAAGAUUUACGUUUCUUAAAUGGGGUGCAAAAGCUUUCAAUAAUAUGUUAAUCGUUCCGCCAGGGUCCGGAAUUGUUCAUCAAGUUAAUUUGGAGUAUUUGGCACGUGUUGUUUUUGAAGGCGAUGAAAAUGAUGGAAAAAUUUUGUAUCCUGACAGUGUGGUUGGUACAGAUUCACAUACAACUAUGAUAAAUGGUUUAGGAGUUGUUGGUUGGGGUGUUGGAGGUAUUGAAGCGGAAGCUGUAAUGUUAGGACAAUCGAUUUCCAUGUUAUUGCCAGAAGUUAUUGGUUACAAAUUAAUUGGAAAACUUAGUCCACUAGUAACAUCUACAGAUUUAGUUUUGACUAUAACAAAACAUUUGAGACAAUUAGGAGUAGUUGGCAAAUUCGUGGAAUUUUUUGGACCAGGAGUAGCUGAAUUAAGCAUUGCAGACAGAGCAACAAUAAGCAAUAUGUGUCCUGAAUACGGUGCUACUGUUGGUUACUUUCCAAUCGAUGUAAAUUCAUUAGCAUACUUGAGGCAAACAAAUCGCAAAGAGGAAAAAAUAGAAAUUAUAAAAAAAUAUCUUGAGCUUACCAAGCAGUUGCGCAAUUACGAAAACGAGGCUGAAGAUCCCGAAUAUAGCGAAGUGGUUGUAUUAGAUCUUUCUACAGUCGUAACGUCAGUGUCUGGUCCAAAGAGGCCACACGAUCGCGUCUCAGUUGUGGAUAUGAAAGAUGAUUUUAGAUCUUGCUUGACAAAUAAAAUUGGGUUUAAAGGUUUUGCUUUAAAACCAGAUGUUUUAAAUGCUACAGCUAGCUUUCAAUGGGAUGAUGGAAAAACUUAUAGCAUCACCCACGGUUCUGUUGUUAUAGCUGCAAUUACUUCUUGCACGAAUACAAGCAAUCCAUCAGUUAUGUUAGGUGCUGGAAUGUUAGCGAAAAACGCUGUUGAGAGGGGUCUUUCGAUUUUGCCUUACAUAAAAACUUCUUUAUCUCCCGGAUCUGGAGUUGUAACUUAUUAUCUCAAAGAAUCAGGAGUCAUUCCUUAUUUAGAAAAAUUAGGAUUUAAUAUAGUUGGAUAUGGUUGUAUGACAUGUAUUGGUAAUUCUGGGCCGUUGGAAGAAAACAUUGUUAACACUAUUGAAAAAAAUGGUUUGGUAUGUUGCAGUGUUCUUUCGGGAAAUCGUAAUUUUGAGGGACGGGUUCAUCCUAACACAAGAGCCAACUACUUAGCAAGUCCAUUACUUGUUAUUGCAUACGCUUUAGCUGGCCGAACAGAUAUUGAUUUUGAAAAGGAACCGGUUGGUAUAAAUAACAAAGGUGAAAAAGUGUUUUUGCAUGAAAUUUGGCCUACACGCUCCGAAAUUCAAGAAGUUGAAAAUAAUUACGUGAUUCCUGCUAUGUUUCAAGAAGUAUAUGGAAAAAUUCAAUUAGGUUCACCUGAUUGGCAAAAUCUUCAAGCCCCCGAAGGCAUGUUAUACCCAUGGAGUGAAGAAUCAACCUACAUUAAAAAACCGCCAUUUUUUGAUAAUAUGUCACGUCAAUUACCACCAAUAAAUUCUAUAAAUAAAUCGAGAUGUUUAUUAUUCUUGGGAGAUUCUGUAACAACUGACCAUAUAUCCCCGGCCGGUUCUAUUGCAAGAAAUAGUCCUGCUGCAAGAUACUUAGGUGAAAGAGGCUUAAGCCCAAGAGAUUUUAAUUCAUAUGGUUCUAGAAGAGGAAACGACGCCAUAAUGGCUAGGGGUACAUUUGCAAAUAUUCGUUUGGUAAAUAAAUUUUUAGAAAAGCCUGGACCUCGUACUCUUCAUUUUCCAAGUCAAGAUGAAAUGGAUAUUUAUGAUUGCGCUGCAAGAUACAAAGAAGAGAAUGUUAGUUUGAUUGCUGUAGUUGGAAAAGAUUACGGCAGUGGUUCAAGUCGAGAUUGGGCAGCAAAAGGUCCGUUCUUAUUGGGUAUCAAAGCUAUCAUUGCUGAGUCCUAUGAAAGAAUUCAUCGUUCAAAUCUUGUCGGAAUGGGAAUCAUACCUUUACAAUUUUUACCAAAUGAAAAUGCUGAAAGCCUUGGUUUAACUGGUCGUGAAGAAUACAAUAUAAAUAUUCCUGAUAGCAUAAAACCCGGUCAGAAAAUACAAGUUCAGGCUGAUGAUAAAACUUUCGAAACAAUUUUACGUUUUGAUACUGAAGUGGAUGUAACAUAUUUUCGUAAUGGAGGAAUUCUGAAUUAUAUGAUAAGAAAAAUGCUUGAUUAAAUAUUUUCAAUGAUCAAAGUUUAAUUUUGUGGAGGGAUUUAUAUAUACUCGUUUUUUUUUAUAGAUUUAUCCAAGUAUGAAAUAAUACUUUUCGAAUUGAAGUUUUUUUUUUAUUGAAAUUCUUUCACAUAUAACUAAUUUGUUAAAAUAAUGUUUAAAAUUAUAAAUAUAUUAUUAAAAUUAAAAUUUGUAUAAAUUCA